AAAGCUUCCAGUACAUACAGAAAUAAUCAACUAGACACAGAAUUACAGGAUAAGAUGAAUUGUAUACUGUUCCUGAUUCCGUGAGUGUCUGUCCUGUUAACCAGCUGACACAAAUCCAACAAAGCUCUCGACGGGCUGCAGUGGGUGUUCGACCUCGGGGAGAGAGUCUCCGCCCACUGAUCUCUGCAGCCCUAUUGGACGUUUUGAACUCCGAGCUGUCGCGUCUGCUGAUAUCAGUUACUCUAGACUUCAAGGUGAAUGAAGUCGUGUCUUUGUUUGACACUUGUCAAACUAUCGAGGCAACGCUGACGUCACAGGCACAGAACCAACGACACCCCAGACGUCAGCUCGCCCUGCCUGCACCGAAUCCUAAUCCGCAGGUGAAUGAAGCCAUGUAUUUGUUUGACCCUUGUCAAACCAUUGAGACUACACUGACAUCACAGGCACAGAACCACCCCAGACGUCAGCUCGCCCUGCCUGCACCGAGUCCUGAUCCGCAGGUUCCCGACUCUGUUUGUGUUUGGCACACUACCCAGCUGACGCGGCUCCAACCAAGCUCUCGACUGGCUGCAGUAGGUGUUCUCCCUCAGGGAGAGAGUCUCCGCCCAUUGAUCUCUGCCGCCCUGUUGGAUGUUUUGAACUCCGAGCUGUCGCGCCUGCUGAUAUCAGUUACUCUAGACUUCAAGGUGAAUGAAGUCGUGUCUUUGUUUGACACUUGUCAAACUAUCGAGGCAACCCUGAUGUCACAGGCACUGAACCAACAGCACCCCAGACGUCAGCUCGCCCUGCCUGCACCGAGUCCUGAUCCGCAGGUUCCCGACUCCAUGAGUGUCUGUCCUGUUAACCAGCUUGUACAAAUCCAACGAAGCUCUCGAAGGGCUGCAGUGGGUGUUCGACCUUGGGGUGAGAGUCUCCGCCCACUGAUCUCUGCAGCUCUAUUGGACGUUUUGAAUUCCGAGCUGUCGCAUCUGCUGAUAUCAGUUACUCUAGACUUCAAGGUGAAUGAAGUCGUGUCUUUGUUUGACACUUGUCAAACUAUCGAGGCAACGCUGACGUCACAGGCACAGAACCAACGACACCCCAGAUGUCAGCUCGCCCUGCCUGCACCGAAUCCUAAUCCGCAGGUGAAUGAAGCCAUGUAUUUGUUUGACCCUUGUCAAACCAUUGAGACUACACUGACAUCACAGGCACAGAACCACCCCAGACAUCAGCUCGCCCUGCCUGCACCGAGUCCUGAUCCGCAGGUUCCCGACUCUGUUUGUGUUUGGCACACUACCCAGCUGACGCGGCUCCAACCAAGCUCUCGACUGGCUGCAGUAGGUGUUCUCCCUCAGGGUGAGAGUCUCCGCCCACUGAUCUCUGCCGCCUUGUUGGAAGUUUUGAACACCGAGCUGUCGCGUCUGCUGAUAUCAGUAACUCUAAACUUCAAGGUGAAUGAAGUCAUGUCUUUGUUUGACACUUGUCAAACUAUCGAGGCAACCCUGAUGUCACAGGCACUGAACCAACGGCACUCCAGACGUCAGCUCGUUCUGCCUGCACCGAGUCCUGAUCCGCAGGUUCCUGAUUCCGUGAGUGUCUGUCCUGUUAACCAGCUGACACAAAUCCAACAAAGCUCUCGACGGGCUGCAGUGGGUGUUCGACCUCGGGGUGAGAGUCUCCGCCCACUGAUCUCUGCAGCCCUAUUGGACGUUUUGAACUCCGAGCUGUCGCGUCUGCUGAUAUCAGUUACUCUAGACUUCAAGGUGAAUGAAGUCAUAUCUUUGUUUGACACUUGUCAAACUAUCGAGGCAACCCUGAUGUCACAGGUACAGAACCAACGGCACCCCAAACGUCAGCUUGCCCUGCCUGCACCGAGUCCUGAUCUACAGGUUCCCGACUCUGUUUGUGUUUGGCACACUACCCAGCUGACGCGGCUCCAACCAAGCUCUCGACUGGCUGCAGUAGGUGUUCUCCCUCAGGGUGAGAGUCUCCACCCACUGAUCUCUACAGCCCUAUCGGAUGUUUUUAACUUCAAGCUGACGCAUCUGCUGAUAUCAGUAACUCUAGACUACAAGGUGAAUGAAGUAAUGCUUUUGUUUGACACUUGUCAAACUAUCAAGGCAACCCUGACAUCACAGAACAAACACCACCGCAGACGUCAGCUCACCCUGCCUGCGCCAAGCCCUGAUCCACAGAUGAAUGAAGUAAUGCUUUUGUUUGACCAUUGUCAAACAAUCAAGGCAACUCUGAUGUCACCGAACAAACAGCACCCCAGACGUCAGCUCGCUCUGCCUGGACCGAGCCCUGAUCCGCAUGUUCCUGACUCUGUUUGUGUUUGGCACACUACCCAGCUGACGCGGCUCCACCCAAGCUCUCGACAGGCUGCAGUGGGUGUUCUCCCUCAGGGUGAGAGUCUCCGCCCACUGAUCUCUGCAGCCCUAUUGGAUGUUUUGAACUCCAAGCUGCCGCGCCUGCUGAUAUCAGUUCCUUUUAACUGCAAUGUGAAUGAAAUGAUCUUGUUUGACAAUCGUCAAAUCACCGAGGCUACCCUGACGUCAGAGGAUCUGAACCAGCACCACCACAGACGUCAGCUCGCCCUGCCUACACCGAGCCCUGAUCGAGCUACUGAAGAUGUUCUCAACAACUCAGCAGAUUCGACUGAUGACGUCCAGAAGUCUACUAUUCAUUCACAGAGCUCACGACCGACAAGACCCGUGUCCACACAGUUUCUCGAAAAAUUGGCUGCAUUACAUUUGGCAUCUCGGACUCUUCACAUCACGCCUGAUGAUGCAGAAGACUUCAAGAAAUCAGGCCCAAUGAGAGCAGUUCCUGAACAGCAACAGUCGAAAGACUCAAGUACUUCUUCAUUGCUGGGAGGCUGGCUCAUAAAGUCUUUGGAGAGCACAUUCACAUCAGGUCUGAGCUGCCCCACAUCCUGGACCAUUCUAAGUCUCUACGCCUUAAGGAGAAUGAAGUCCGGAAUUAAAUCCUGAUGUCCAUAUAAGAAGAGGAGGAAGCCAUUGCACUUCACACACAGAAAUACUUUUCAGUAGCAAUUUAAUAAAAUAAGCAUUUGUUGUUGUUUUCAUUUAUUUAUUGUAUGGUUUGUUUUUGACUUCAUCCUGAAUUCAUCUUUGAGACAUAAGCACUUGAAGGUACAAAACUUUCAGACACUUAAAGCUUGAUAGCAAGAAAUGUUAGAACUGAGUCAUUCAUUAUGUAAACUGUGUCUA